CAUCUCCAUCUAUUCCUCUUCUUCUAGGUUUUUAACAGUCCGGGAGAAUUUACUUCCGGUCCAGCAAAAAAAUAAUAAUAAUAAUAAUAAUAAAAGAUGAUGAAGAUGAAUUCAUCAUGCAGGGGGAGGAGGGUGUUGUUGGUUAUAAUUUCUUUUGGGUUGUUUUUUAUGAAGCCAACCGAAGCCGGAAGGACGAUCAUCGAUAUAACUCACACGUAUAAUAAUAUCAUCUCUGUUUGGGGCGAUGUAGAUGGAAGCAAACCAAUCAUCCACGAACAAGACGGCCACUCUUUCCAAACUGGCGAGUUUACCCUUGGAACUCACUGGGGCACCCAUGUUGAUUCUCCUCAACACUUGCUCAGCUUGAAAAAAAAUCCCAUCUCCGCCAUUAAUCUUGACCUUCAAACUUUAAUCGGUCCGGUGCUGGUUGUUAGAAUUCCUACUGGAGUUCGGAACAUAAAUGCACAAGUCCUGAGAGAUUUGGAUCUGCCCAUCGGACUAGAAAGAGUUAUCUUUAAGACCGAUAAUACUGACAGGCGCCUCAUGAAUCAGAUACCUUUUGAAUGGAAUUAUACCGGACUGGUUCCAGAUGCAGCAGCAUGGUUGGCGCAGAACACUACACUCAAAUUCAUUGGCCUGGAUUAUAUGUCAGUUGCCGCAUAUGACUACGUUGUUCCAGUUCAUGACAUUUUGUUGAACAAGCCGGGCGUAAUUCCAGUGGAAUGCUUGAAUCUUGAGGGCGUGGAGCCAGGAUAUUACGAUGUCUACUGCUUGCCUAUAAAGGUUGCUAUGGAGGCAGCACCAGUGAGAUGCAUCCUCAUGAAAUAAACCCCCCAUUGUUCAUGUACUUCGCGGGAUGCGAAUCCGUGAUUUUUCACGCACACAAUCAAUAAUCUCUCGGUGGAAUAUCAUGUGGGCUGCUGUGUGUAUUUAUGGGGUUGUUAGGUACAUGUGUGUGUGCUGAACUUGGAAUGGGGAGAAGAAAGAUGAUUGAAUCUCCCUCCAUUUAAAUCAACAAAAUGUACUCUUUCGAGCUUCUUGUACUCACUGUCCAGCCAUUUAUAUAGAUUGACUCCUUUCUUCCCAAAGUUAGAUUUUUUUAAAAUUUUUUUUUUAAUUGGCGUUGAUUUUAGCCUUUACUAGUUUUACUGCCAAACUCAAUCAUACAUAUUCAUGUGUUAUAUUUAGGGGGAAAUGAAUAAUUACUGGUUCUAAUUGUAGAUGGAAGAAGUAACACCCGUUAGUUCUGCAAAUA